UGUGCCUAUUGUAAAUGGUAAGAAGGUCUCUGGUAACUGGAGCGAGGAGGUAGACUGUAGCGAAAUGUUUUAAUCUCAUGAAAGGUGUAAAGUUUAUAUGAAGCCUUUUUUUCUUGUGUUUCUUUACGAUUCUCACAAAGAUAAACUAUGGAGAAAGCUAGAAAUGGAUAUAAGAAAGAAGGCAGGCACCUUCAAGGCGAGGGAGAGUUCCACGAACAAGACCAGAACCUACUUCACAUGGAGAAGGCAAAGUCAGAAGAUGAGAACAAGGGUCGAAAUACCUGGGCUAGGAAGACAGAAUACAUCCUGUCUAUGCUUGGUUACUGUGUUGGGCUGGGCAGUAUCUGGAGGUUCCCCUAUCUCUGUAUCCGUAAUGGAGGAGGCGCCUUUCUGAUACCAUAUUUCGUUUGCCUCGUAUUAUGUGGUCUCCCUUUGUACUUCAUGGAAGUAGCUUUGGGUCAGUUUAUGUCCAAAGGUGUAUACCAAGUCUGGAACAUUUGCCCGCUCUUUAAAGGUAUAGGCAUUGGUCAGAUUAUAGUCAACAUCAUCACUGGCUGGUACUAUGUUCUGCUCAUCGCUUGGGUUCUCAUCUACAUGGUCCACUCCUUCCGGUCACCGCUGCCCUGGACCGUUUGCGGUCAAGAGUGGAACUCGCCGCUGUGCGUGCCUCAAGGAGCGCGCGUCCUCUAUGACGCUAACGGCACCGCGAGUCCAGCAAUGUCACUGAUCGCCAACGCGACAGGGGAAAUUGUGGGGCAACACUUCGUGGUCAACGGAACAGCAGACGUGAAAGGGUUAAGGUCAUCAAGUGAAGAGUUUUGGCUGAACAACAUCCUUGAGAUCUCCCCAGGCCUGGAAGAACUGAAUGGACUGCCCUGGCACUCGGCCUUGGCCUUGUUCGUUUCCUACGUGCUGGUUCUACUCUGUGUCAUCCGAGGCGUGAAGUCGGCUGGAAAGGUUGUUUACGUCACCGCUACGUUCCCGUACAUUCUGUUGACAAUUCUGAUAGUCAGGGGCGCCACCCUCCCGGGAGCUUUAGACGGGUUCCUCUUCUACGUCACUCCAGAUUGGAGCAAACUGAUGCAGGUCCAGACCUGGCUGGAGGCAAGUUUUCAAGUGUUCUACUCCCUGGGGCCAGUAUGGGGUGGACUGGUCACUAUGUCCAGCUAUAACAAAUUUCACAAUAAUUGCAUGCGUGAUGCCGUUAUAUUGACAUUCGUCUGCGAGGGAACAAGCUUUUUCGCAGGGUUCGCCAUUUUCACAGUCCUCGGUCACAUGGCCUACAAUCUCAAUGUUCCGGUUGAAAACUUUGCCGCUUCCGGGCCUGGAUUAGCAUUUGUUGUCUACCCUGAGGCAGUGUCGUAUCUUCCUGUCCCUCAGCUGUGGGCCCUCUUGUUCUUUCUGAUGUUGUUUACUGUUGCACUGGACACACAGUUUGUAGCUUUCGAAGUUGUCAUGACAAGCCUACAAGACCAUAUGCCAUCGGUGGUGAAAAGAUGGGAGAUAAUCAUGAAAAUUGCCUACAGCUGCUUGCAAUUCCUGCUUGCUCUCCCUUUGGCUUGUAGGGGCGGCAUUUACUUGUUUCAAUUAGUGGACUGGUACAUAGCUGCAUUUUCAACCGCAGCUAUUGGACUGUUGCAGACUGUUGCUGUGGCUUGGAUCUAUGGAGCAGAAAGAUUCAUGGAUGACAUUCAACUCAUGAUAGGAAGAAGACCUCCUUACUUGUUCAAUAUACUCUGGAGAUACAUAACUCCAGUUGUACUUUUAGUACUGUUGAUUGCGUCCCUCCUGACAUAUGAAUCACCCACCUUUAAGGAGUAUCACUACACGUCUGGCGCUGUGGCAUUUGGUUGGUUCAUGGCUAUUGUCUGGUUCCUUCCGGUUCCGGUAAUGGCUGUGGUUCAAAUAAUGAAGUCCAGUGGCGACAUAAAGAAGAGACUUAAAACUGUGUGUAGCCCCACCUCUGAAUGGCAGCCAUCAUCUCUUGACUUAAAGGAGCGUUACCCUACAGAAAAAGCGGCGUCCCCAUCAUCAUCAUCAUUAUGUAGUAAAAUCCGGGGGUGCUGACAACCGACAGCGUUUAGUUCUAGAUGUUUCUUUAACGAGACAGACAGUGUUUCUUGAAUCUUUCUCGUGUAAUAAUACUCUGUGAGGCUGGUUCAUGGCGGGAUGUAUGAAGUGGUAACUCAUUGACUUUGUAUUGAAAUUAGCCCCUCGCUUGUUAAUACGAGGACACGGUGAAGAGAAGUCACACCAUUGCCUUUACCUAAGUCUCAUUAUCAGAAGAAGGUUUCAAUGUAAACAACUAGACCUAUACGCUGCGUUGCUCUAGCACUCCAGUAUACAAAUAAAAUAUAGGCAGUGACGAACUAUUUUAAAAAAUGGCGCGUAAAAAGAAACGAAACUAAUUCAUUAAAAUGUUUGCUCAAUUGUGUAACAAGUCAAAUAUUUGUAAAAAAUCACUUUCUCCUUCAUAAAGCUUGUAGUUCUUGUAUUCAUUCAUUAUCGCAAGGAGUCCUUGCAAAAUCAAGUUCCUCAAUUAAAUUCCAGCUAAUUCCAGUUAGAACUCAGUGAUGGGCCAAAUACGGAACAAACAUUUGAUCCAGAAUCCAGCCCGUUACAUAUUUUGCAAUAAAUUAAAAAGUACAAAUUUCAUUCACAAGGUAGGACUUCAGGUUUUCAAAUCCAGGUGAACCAUUGGAGUAAUAUUGCAAUUUUGUUUUACUCAAAGUUGUUCCAUGUGUAGAGUUUCAUGAGAAGCCUCAACUAAGUUUUGAGUUACGGCUUGAGUCCAUCCAACCUUAAAGGUUAUAUCUAACAUUAGUUAGGGAAAAUUAAAGUCAGUUGGUCGUUCUGUUAGUCACAUGACACAAUCGUUAAGGAAAGGGGGGGGGGGUCACAGAAACAGAGACACGGAUGAUCCGUAGAUCGCAAAGUUUAAGAGGCUGAGGAGUACUUCUUUUUUUUUUUUUUUUUUAAAUUAUAUUUUUAAAAUUUGUUUGGGUUUAAAUGUCGAAUAAAAAAACGUAGAGUUGAUUCUAAAUGUGUUUUUGUAAGAUGAUUGGAUGCGGUCACUGCUAAUUACGUGACAUUUGAUUGUGCAUGAAAGAGUGUCAGCUGCAUAGUAAUUAAAAUAUUUUCAUUCAA